UCUGCAAUACGAACAAUGAGCACAGUCAGGAUGAUUUGAAACAAUUUACACUAGAAACACCGGCCGUAGCCGUUAGUGAUUGAAGAAUCCUGUGUUUACACAAUUUUAUAAUUUCUUUUGCAAUAUUGUAUCAUGGAGCGUUAGAGUCCCUGUAACAUUACCUAUAUGCGUUAUUUGGUAGAUACUAAAAGUCAAGCAGUUGGUAAUAUUGCUGGUCAUCAGCUCGAGCUAUUAAUAUUCGUCACCCAAUAGUAGACACGGUAAAUGUGUAAAAUUUGAAAAUGGGUCUGUUUUCUUGGAUGUUUGGAAAACCAAUGACCCCGGCUCAACUGAUCCGUAAGCAUCAACGAUCCAUCACUAAGGCCAUUCGAAACCUGGACCAUGAGCGUCAAGCAAUGGAGCAACAAGAAAAGAAACUGAUUUUCGACAUCCAAAAGUCUGCAAAGGCAGGCCAAAUGGAGGUCUGCAAAAUUGUGGCAACAGAUCUCGUUAGAACACGAAGAUACAUAAAGAAAUUUAUGCUCAUGAAAGCCAACCUCCAGGCUGUUUCUAUUAAAAUCCUUACACUGCAAUCUCAACAAUCUAUUGCCGAAGCAAUGCUUGGGGUCACCAUUGCUUUAAGAGGAAUGAAUCAGCAGAUGAAGCUUCCUCAGGUUCAACGAAUUUUGAUGGCAUUCGAGAAACAAGUGCAGAUUAUGGACAUCAAGGAAGAAAUGUUGAACGAAUCAGUGGACAAUGCAAUUGGAGAGGAAGAGCAAGAUACGGAAAGCGAGGACCUGGUAGGUCAAGUGCUUGACGAACUUGGACUACAACUCCAGCAGCAACUUCCUGAACUUCCUGGACCUUCACAGACCAAAGGUCAUGGAGGGCAAAAGGUUUCUGGAUUUGUGGUUGAAAAUGAUUUUGAUGAUGACCUUCAAACUCGACUAGAUAAUCUCCGUCGUGAUUGAUACAUCGUAAAUAUUUGACUGUACCAAACACUUUCAGAAUACAUAUAUUUUGCAUAUAUUUAA